CAACUGUUGCGCCUGCUGCAACUCCUCCUCUUUCCGCUGCAUGCACGACAUGUUGGGAUCGUUCUAGCCGGGGAUCCUACCACCACCAGGCUCAGCAGCAUCGGCUAGCUGUCUUUGCUCCCCUCCCCUGUCAUGCUAGCGACCUGUUCCCCGAUUCCUCCGUCAUCCUUUCUCUCUUCCCGGUCACCUACCCUGCCUGGCUUACGCCGUACGCUUUGUCGCAAUGGCCUUCUAUGACGAUUCUGGGAAUGACUCCCAGUCAUUUGGCAGACCCCAAAAAUCUUACGAUGGUGGAGUUGUGGGCCCGCGACGACCAAGACUUGUCACCGAUUAUGGCUCGUCGAUGGUACAAUGGAUACGCACUCGGAAGCCCCGGUACAAGGGAGGCCAUUCGGUCGAGGUGGAAAGGCCUAGUCCCAGCUACAUAGUCGAUGUCCUACCCCCACUUGCUCGAAUUCACUCUCCAGCGGAUACCAUCCCCGUCCGGCAUUUACAUCAGUCGAUUGGAAAGUCGAAGAAGCCGAUCACCGUCGUAAGAUGGACGCCGGAGGGAAGACGCCUAUUGACGGGUGGGCAUACGGGAGAAUUCAUGCUGUGGAACGGAACCGCUUUCAACUUUGAAACGGUCAUGGAUGCACAUUACGACCAGCUGCAAGCCGGAGUAACCUCGCUAUCGUGGGCUCACAGCCAGGACUGGUUGAUAUCCGGAGGGCAGAAGGGUGAUAUUAAGUAUUGGCGGCCCAACUUUAACAACGUCGAGACAAUCGACGAUGCGCAUCAUGAUGCUGUUCGCGAUCUGGCAUGGUCCCCCAGUGACACCAAGUUCCUUUCGGCAUCCGACGAUACGACCCUGAAGAUCUUCGACUUCACAGCCAGAACCUGCGAUACCGUUCUCAGCGGCCACAACUGGGACGUCAAAUCCUGUGACUGGCAUCCCACCAAAGGCCUUCUCGUCUCUGGAUCAAAGGACCAUCAGGUCAAGUUCUGGGACCCUCGCACAACUAGGUGCUUGACCACACUUCAUAGCCACAAGAAUACCGUCACGGCAACGCGCUUCUCUCGCGUGAACAGCAACCUCCUAGCGACGUCAUCUCGCGACCAAACGGCGAGGGUAUUCGACCUGCGGAUGAUGCGGGAUAUUUGCAUCCUCCGAGGUCACGAGAAGCCCGUGUCGUCUCUUACGUGGCACCCUGUCCACAGUUCACUCAUAUCGACUGGUAGUGAGGAUGGGUCGCUGUACCAUUAUCUACUCGACGAACCGAACUUGCCCUCUGGACAGAUUCCUACAAUCGCACCAUACGAUAGCCCGGACCCGGCUAACACCCCGGCGCAGGUAAUUUACCCCGCUCACAAGAUUCAAUACGCACACGGGGCCACGAUCUGGUCUCUUGACUGGCAUCCUCUCGGUCAUAUUCUUGCAUCCGGAUCCAAAGACAACUUCACACGGUUCUGGUCCCGGACUAGACCCGGGGAGACUAGUUACAUGAAAGAUAGGUUCCAUAUUGGCGAGGAAGCGGCGGAGGCGCAAGGGACAUGGAGUCGGGGCUUUGGAAGACGGCAAAUGCGCGAAGAGGAAGAACAGGAGCUUCAGGACGAGGCCGACAGCUUGAUCGACCAGAAAAGCCAUCCCGGACCUGGUCUUCCUGGCAUCCAGUUCGCACAGCCUGGCGGUCCGGCCCAACAGGACGGGAUGGGUUCCUUAUUGCCAGGAAUUGGCGCUCCUCAGCCUCCGCCGCAACCUGCAUUUCCCGCCUCGAUGCCUCAGAUGGACCCCGGCCGCCUGGCAGCCCUCUUGUCCACUCAGCCGCCCCCUCAGCCGAACCAUUUCCCUCCUCCAGCCGGGUUGCCCGGGUUUCCCAUGCACCCUGGUAUGUCAGGGACCCCGCCAGUGAACGUCGAUCUGGCGGAGCUACAGAAGCAGCUUCUUUCUCAGGGGAUCUCUCUACCCCAAACCUUUCCCCCACAAAAUUUCCCUGGCAUGUCUGGGGGUCUUCCCGGCUUGCAGGGGAGUGGUACACCCGACUAUGGGUAUGGAAGAUAAGCCCACCAGCAGUCUCUUAACGCUUUUAUCUGGUUGAACUGGGAAUUGGCGUAAUGGCAGGUAGCGCACUCGGGGUUUGGCAUGGGAUUGACACUUUUUCAAAAACACCACAUAUUUUCGAAUGUAUUAUAGUCGGUCUCGAAGCGGAAGUGCACGUAAUCAGACGAUGAUGAUAUGCCAUCGGUUGCUCAUUGAGAGAGGGAUGUUUGACAUGGAGUGCGAUCAUGACGGAGCAUGCUUUGCCUUGGGUUGCCUUUGUUCACAGUCCGCCUUGCAUUGGAAAGCUAGACAAAAUGAGGACCAACACAU